AUGCAAUUCAAAGCAGUUCCCGGAUAUUUUGCUGCUUAUCCCAAUGACGGUUUUCAAGGAUUGGACUCCACGAAAUACGAUCAUUUGCGAUUGAUCAAUCAUAAUGAUUGGAAAGAACUAUACAACGCUCUACCCAAAGAUACCCAAAAUUGUCAUUAUAAGCUGCUGAUUCUAGCCAGGCACGGCCAAGGCUACCACAAUGCUGCCAUAUCGAGAUACGGCAUGGAGAAAUGGGACGCAUAUUGGUCAUUACUUUCUGGGGAUGAAUAUGGCGAAUGGGUUGACUCUAGAUUAACACCAUUGGGUAAAGAACAAGUUAGAAGAACAGGAACCAAUGUACUGCUACCGAUGAUAAAGCAGCUGGAUAUGCUACCUCAUGUUUUCUUUAGUUCUCCAAUGAGAAGAUGUCUUGAAACAUUCAUAGAGUCUUGGACACCGGUAUUGAAUGAAACUCAAAAACCAAUGAGCGAAAACAAAAUUUCCACACGUAUUAUAGAAAGUCUUAGAGAGACUCUGGGCUCCCAUACAUGUGAUAAAAGGGUCGCCCACUCAAUGACUGUUGGUGAGUAUCAAGAUUUUAUUAUGGAUUCUGGUCACACUGUACAUUGGCACUAUGUCACUGAUUAUUCUGAAGAAGAUGAAUUGUGGCUAGUUAAUCACCGAGAGACAAACCCUGAACUAGAUAUGCGUACGCAAGAUGGGUUAUCCCAGCUAUUUGGCCAACUGUCGACCGAAGAAAGAUUUAUCUCCCUUACUUGCCAUUCAGGCGUCAUCCAAAGUGUUCUGAGAAACCUGAAGCAUCCUCCGAUUUACAACUUAGAGACAGGUAAAGUUGUUGGUGUUGUUGUCGAAGUGCCAACUAAUAUAGAAGGUCAGACAGAAGCUUGA